AUGAGAAAUUAAAUUUGUUAUUGUGAAAAUUAUACAUCUUUGUUAAUAAAAUAUAUGUCUAUAAAAAAGUAAAAAAUGGGUUUUAAUUAGACACUUGAUAUAAUUAGCAUAAUGUGUUAUUGAGGAAGAAGAGGAACCAGACUAUAGUAGUGAUGCUCCAUCAGUUAUCAAAUUAAUUUAAAUUGAAGUCUCUCCAAAUAAAUAAUAACUAGCAGAAUUAGAACAACUUAAAUAUUUUAUGGAGGACAAAUAAUACUUUUCUGCAUAUUAAAUGAAGUAAUAACUUUUACUUAACUAUUCAAAUGAUAAUGAAUAUAUAGAUUACACAAAAGAAUUUUUUGAGUUGAUUGAUGAUGAUAUAGAAGAAAUAAAAGAACUUACUAGAUGGUUUGAUUUAUAAGGUAUUUAUGAUAUUAAUUUUAUCCAGAUGGUUGGUCCAUUUAAUAAUAGGAUAAUAGAAUGUAAAUUAGAUAUUAAUAAUUACCUAAUUCACCAAGAGUAGUAGCUAGAAUUGACACAGAAAUCAAAAUUCCUUUAGACAUAUUUAUUAGUCUAAUAUAUGAGACAGAAUUAUAUCCAUAAUGGUUUCCAUUUUGCAGAGAUUCUAAGACUAUUUUAUAACCAGAUAAAGCAACAAAGAUUCUACAUAUACAUUCAUCACCACCUGUUAUAUCUGAUCGAGAACUAUGUGUAAAAGGAUGGGGAGUAAACAAUCUAGAAUAUGAUGGAAGUGUUCUUAUUUUAAGUCAUUCAAUUGACUAGAGAACUAAAUUAUUAAAAAGAUAUGGGUAAACAUUUAAAAUUUAUUUUCUUUUGAGUUUCUUUUCCACAAGAACCUAAACAUGUUAGAGCUGAUUUAAAUGUAUUUUGUACUAAAGUUAAACCUAUUUCAUUUGAUCAUCAUAUUGUUACUUUGGUUAUUUGUAUUGAUUUAAAAUUAAAAUAUAUACCAGAUUUCCUACCUAAUU